UUUGUUGUUUCGUGAGAAAUAUAAAAUGAAACAGUAAUGGGCUGCCCUCGGCCAAUCAGAGACGCGCUUCAACUAAAGCUUUCUGACAUUUGCUAUUAAUCUGGCCUCUCGCAGAAAGGUGCACAAUUCUUCUAAAACGUCGUCAACUAGCCAAGCAAAUCGGAUGUGGACCAAGAACAACGACACAACAUUUCCACUCGGCAUGAAUACUGAUCCUCAUCUAGAAGACAUGGAAAUUGACAAGAACGACAAAUCGAAACCUAACGGACGUCUGUUAGAUAUUCCCUGCAAAGUGUGCGGUGAUCGAUCCUCGGGAAAGCAUUACGGAAUUUACGCAUGCGACGGAUGCAGUGGAUUUUUCAAGAGAAGCAUUCGAAGGAACCGUUCCUAUACUUGCAGAGCGACAAACGGGAAGGGAAACUGCCCCGUGGACAAAAUCCAUAGAAACCAGUGUCGUUCCUGCCGUUUGAAAAAGUGCUUCGAAGUCACCAUGAACAAAGAUGCUGUCCAGCACGAGCGUGGACCCCGAAGCUCCACCCUCCGGAAGCAAAAGAUGCUAAAAGAGGCCCAGGACAGAAUGGAUGGCGCUACCACUACAGCGCAUGUGCAGCACAAUACAAGCGGCUUCAUCAAUACCCUUCUAGCUGCAGAAACUUGCAUGGAAGGCUGUCAAGUACCGGCCAACGACUUUGAUCUUGGCUUGGAAUUUAAACCAAUCAGAUUUCAGUCGGAUUUUUCGGUGUCUAUGUACUAUUCCAAUCCCGAAGCUGUAUGUGAGGCUGCCGCUAAGCUGCUGUUUAUGUCUGUAAAGUGGGCCAGAAAUAUUCCUUCAUUCAUGAGUUUACCUUUUAGAGAUCAGGUUAUUCUACUUGAGGAGGGUUGGCGCGAAUUGUUUUUGCUUGGUGCAAGUCAGUGGUCCAUGCCUUUGGAAAUUGCGCCAAUUUUGUCUGCGGCAGGAAUGCACGUAGACAACACGCCUCCCGAGACUAUUGUGGAUGUCAUGGCAACCGUACGCCUAAUCCAAGAAACAGUCAACAAAUUCAAGGCUGCAAAUGUUGAUUCUACCGAAUAUGCAUGUCUGAAGGCUAUAGUACUGUUUAAGCCGACUGCAUGCGGGCUCAAGGACCCGGAACAAGUGGAGUCCACUCAAGACCAGGCGCAACUCAUGCUUGGCGAAUAUGUUCGUGCCCAAUGCCCUACUCAACUGGCCCGGUUUGGUCGCCUUCUCCUUCUCCUGCCAACCUUAAGACGAAUCAGUGCAAAAGAAAUCGAGGAGCUAUUCUUUAAAAAGACGAUUGGAACUGUUCCCAUAGAAAGAUUGUUGAGUGAUAUGUUUAAAAAUGAGUAAGGCAUGAUCAAGGUAGUCGGUGAAUUUCAAAUUUUAUAUCGAGUUCAAUUCAAUAUCCUGACAUCCAUGACACAUUAUUAUCUUUUCAUUUUUGGUGCAUAUUCAUGAUAUUAAGGGCUUGUGUUGAGGAGUUCCUCUCAGAGACUAAUGGAAAAGGAAAAUUAAGAGGUUGAAUUUAAUAUAUAAAUCUUUGGCACAAGAUUUGUGUGCUGUGAAAAGAUGAAAAGGUUGAUUUUCUGCUGACGAGAGAGGAUCAUUUAAUUUUGUUAGAAACGAAACAGUUGCAGCCAAACAGAGCACUUUUCCACUGAGUGUCGUAAAGCCAGAUUCAAAGUAAUGACAAGAUUCAGUCAGAGCGGGAAAAUAUCGCUAGGAACUGGUGAGAAAUCAAAAUAUAAACCAACGAACUGCCUGUGUCGCCGGGGACGGAAAAUGCCAUUAAGCUCAUCAUGUUUUAUUUCAAUUUGCGCUUGAUUGGUUACAAGGUGGCAUUUUUUUUUCUCUUUUUUCUUCUUCUUUUUUUUUUUUCUUUUUUUACCAACCAAUGCGUAAGACACAAAAAUCAGACGCAAUCGUGAAUGACUAUCGGCACUCAGUUGAAAACUGCUCUGUACGUAAAGUUUGCUCUGAUUCAUCCUGAUAGUGGGAGUUGUCGUUGCUGUACAUGUGCUGCCUCAUUUAGAGUCUUUUUCCUACUUAAAACGCAAGGGAAGUAAUUUAUUCACUUACGUUACUCAACUGGGUUUCUUCCCCUCGUUUCCUCAACGUCUGUCUCCUUAUGGACGCGAGCUUUUCAAUUAAUGGUAUCUAACAAAGUAACUUUCAUGUAAUCAAAAACCACUAAAAUUAAUGGCGGCAAUGUUAAUGUAAUUAGUGCCACUAGUAUUUAUAUUGGUAUGUCUGACUCAAAUAUUUGCACUUGAUGUAUGUAUGAGCUGAUUCCAGGUAGCAUAUCCGGCAUAGUGAUAUAUUACGCUUGGAACAGGCUGAGGUGUGAUCAGGUUGAAUUAACCAUACUCGUCCACGCAAUGACUUUUCACCACAGUGGGAAGUCUGGCCUCAGUCAAUCGGCUCGGCGCAGUCCCGUAAAACGCGGGAAAACAAGAUCACAUGCGGAUUGGUUGAUAUUUGCACGAAUGCCAGCUAUGAGUGGCUGGAAACCACGCAAAGUCUUUCUUUGGAAUGAGCUUAGUGUCAGCUUAGAAAUUUAAGACCGAAAAGUGAAAAAUGUUUGUUUCUUCUGAUGUUUCCUUCUUCCUCUUGCAUUCGUGCGCAUUAUAUAAUCAAUGACGGCACUUUGUGCUUGCUGAACUAUGGGAUUUUUUUUCUAUUUAAAUCAAAAUGUAUUUAAAAAGUGAAACGGAGAUUUAGCUAAAAAAGCAUUGCAAAUAAUAAGAAUAUUUAAGCAAAAGAGAGCUAGUUUUGUUGCAAAAAGAAAUUUUCGUAUCCGUGUAAAACUGUGAGAAAGAAGAGGAAAUGUUCUGCUUGUGUAGAUAAACUUAAAAAUAUUGUGGGGCAAAUCAAUUCUACAGUAAAGUGUACAUGUACGGAUUCAGCAUUAACACUCUAACGUUUGGCUUUAUAACAAAACAGGUGAUAACAAUUGUAGAUAAGAGCCCUAGUAGUCAUCUUUAUAGACAACAAUUUUCAUUAUAUCAAAUCUUUUUACUUUGGUUUAUAUAAUCUGGCAAGAAUCAACUCUGCGGACACGGCUUUUCAAUGAGUAAUAAAGGGCUAAACAAAAUCAAGUUAGCUUCGUGACUUUAUGUGUGCUUAAGAAGGAACUUUCCUCUUGUUGCGUCUUAGGGAAUUAAAAAAUACUAUAUAUUCUCAAGGAAAAUUGCCAAGUAAUGUAUGUGUAAAUGCAUUUGAGUAUAUUACGAGCAUUAAACGUUGCUGUUUCACAGACGCAUUUUGCAGUUAUCAUCAAAACAGUUCGUGGGAAAAAGUUCUUGAUCGACUUUUCUUUUUCCAUUGAAAGGGAAUAUCAUUUUUUCCUGCUCUACAUUGCAUCUGAUUUUAUAGCUUAUAAUAAUAUCACUCUAGGAUCUUGCAGUAUCUCAUAAUGGAACACGAAGCAUGACACUGCUUCUGCUUAAGAUCUGCGGCUGAGAUUUUCCUACCUUAUGUCAACCUGGCGAGUCAAUUCCAUGUUGUUGUCAUAUCAUUAAAGUACCUCUGCUUGCGCUUUUUCGAGACUUAACAACUCAUAGAAAAAUUAGGUAUGAGAAUUAUCUCCUGCCAAAUGCAUUGACAAAUGAAACAGAAAUGUUCAUCUGGAUGUAGGAAAUUAUUAUAACUUGUUAUGAUUCCUAAUGAGUUUCUGCAUCGUACUUCUUGCAGUAUCAGUAUGUAACAGCUUCACGGCUAUGGCCUUUUUUUUAUUUUCAAUAAAACCUGAGUGGGCCAGACCUUUUCUUUAACAAACUUGGCAGAAAUAAUUUUCGCCCCUUUUAAAUAUGCUAAUGAUAUUCAACAGGAAUUUAAGAUGACUAUUACUAUGAUUGAUCCAAAUUGUUGCCUGUUCGCAUUUGAAUCGCUGGAAUCAAAAAAAGGGAUAAAUUUAACAUUAUUAAGACUCGUUAUCUUGUGAGAAUGGGAAAUUAUAGUUCGGUUGUACAAAAUCUUUGAGCUGCUGCUGAGGGGGUUUGCCAUAUUUUUUAGCCAAUUUUGAUAUGUAAAAUAAAGACAAGCUUUGAAAAGUG